AUGGCCACUCUGGUGACAACGGGCGUGAGGAUGUUCUGGCCCCCGGAGCAGGCCGAAUCUCUUGCUUGUACCCCGAAUCUUCUCCAGAAUCACCAUCACAAGAACAAAAAGCACCAGAAGUCGCACCACAAAGAACGAAACCCCGACAAGGAGCAGGGCCAGGAGGAGGAGGAACAGGAACAGGAGUCACCUUACCGGAUUGAACAAUCGGAUAUUUAUGGAAGGUACUUGGUGGCCAGUCGUCAGCUGGAGGCGGGGGAGCUUCUCAUCACAGAGGAGCCCCUGGCCAUCGGGCCCUGUGUAAGCGGAGAUCCUGUAUGCCUGGGCUGCUACCAGCCCGUGUCCUUGGAGGCCACGCAGUACCGUUGUCCUGGUUGCCAGUGGCCCUUGUGCCGCGACAGCUGUCCCGGAAUCCAUAAACCCCAUGGCCAUACGGCGGAGGAGUGCGAACUGUACGGCGCGAGGAGAGCGGUGGCCGGCGGACUGCUCACGGAUCGCACCGGUCCGGCGGAAGUGCGUGAUCUCUACGAGCUGGUAAUGAUUGUCCGCAUCCUUCUGCUCCGCCAGCGUGAUCCGGAGCAGUUUGCGGCCAUCGAACGAAUGGAAUCCCACACCGAGGAGCGUCGCAAGAACCAGGUUCUCUGGCAGCACUACGAACAGAAGGUGGUGCAACGGUUGCGGGAGGUGUGGCAGUUGGAGGACCUCCAGCCGGAACAGAUCCAUGAAGUGUGCGGCAUAUUGGACGUCAACUGCUUCGAGAUCGGACAGAAUGGAGCCAAAGCGCGGACGUUAUAUCCGAGCGCCUUCCUGCUCGCGCACGACUGCUCCCCGAAUACGGCGCACACCGAUCACCCGGAGUCCUACGCCAUCAUUCUAAGGACAUCGCGGCGCGUGCGCGAGCGGGAAGCCCUCACGCUCAGCUAUGCGUACACGCUCCAGGGCACCCUCAAGCGGCGCUCCUUUAUGUACGAGGGCAAGCUCUUCUGGUGCGUCUGCCGGCGCUGCUCCGAUCCCCGGGAGCUCGGCUCCGAUUGCAGUGCUCUCGUUUGCCCCAUUUGCCGCCAGGGGUCGCUGCGAGCCCAAGAGCCAUUGAAUCAGGACGGCAGUUGGGGCUGCGAUAAAUGUGAUCACAAAAUGUUGGCCAAGGAUCUGGAAAGUCGCCUCGACCGCAUCAACAAUGAUCUAGAGGCCAUAGAUGUCCAUGAUAUACCUGGACUCGAAAACUUUCUAAUACGUUAUCAAGAGGUCCUGCGUCCGAACCAUUACCUCCUGCUCUCAGCCAAGUACUCGUUGUGUCAGAUCUACGGCCGGAUAGAAGGAUACUUGUUGCCACAAAUGUCGCCGGAGGAUAUUGCACGAAAGGAGAGAUAUUGCCGUGAGUUCUUGGAAGUUGUUGAUCUCCUAGAGCCAGGACUAACAAGAUUAAGAGGUCUCAUUAUGUAUGAACUGCAUGCUCCUGUGAUGGUCUUGGCCCAAUUGGCUCUCCAGACUGGAAAGAUCUCGCGGCAGGAGUUCCAGCGCCGCCUCAAGGAAGUAAUCCGGCUGCUGCAGCACAGCAAGGACAUCCUUUGCCUGGAGCCUGAAGGAUCCAAUGAGCAUGAAAUGGGCAAGGCAGCCGCCGAUGCUCUCAGCAAAAUGGGUUGCUAAUUUAUAUUGACUGAAAAUUAAUAUAAAAACUGUUUUUUUUUUAAUAGUAAUUAAUAAAAUGGUGUAUUGAAAA